AUGUGGUAUAUAUGGAAAAAUAGAAAUGACAAGAUUUAUCAGAAUAAGGAUGGGAAUCCUAAGGAAAUCUUACGCAAAGCGAAAGUUGAGAGUACCCUUUGGUCUGAGGCACAUGUAUUGGGUCCAAACCAGUAUGCAAAUGCCCAACCAGGGGUCACUGGACAAUUAGUGGAGCAUACAAAAGUGUGCUAUGUCGAUGGGGCUUGGCGGGAGCAAGAUGUCUUCACUGGACAGGGUUGGUACUGUCGAAUGAGGGGAACAUCGGACAUGAUGAUGGGGGCAAUGAAUCUCCGACGAAGCUUAUCACCUCUACAUGCAGAAUGUGAGGCUUUGAUUUGGGCUAUGAAGUGCAUGAAGACCCUGCAGUUUUCAGACGUAGUGUUCGUGACAGAUUGUUCUCAACUGGUGAAGAUUGUGUCGUCACCUGAGGAUUGGCCAGCGUUUGCUACACAUAUGGAAGAAUUCAGCCGUAGUAAGACUUUCUUUCCUAGUUUCAAGAUCACACAUAUUCCAAGGGUACAAAACACUAUGGCAGACAAGCUUGCACGUGGUGCAAGGAGUUCUCCCUAUGCUAUGUUAUAUGUUGAUUCAACACCACCGGUUUGGCUACCUGAACCGAUGGUCUCCUCUUAG